GCCGCCGCCGCGCGAUACGCGCUGCGCGAGAUCGAGAUCCCGCUCGGGGAGCUCUUCGCCCGCAAGUCCGUGGCGUCCUCGGCGUGCUCGACGCCGCCGCCUGGGCCCGGUCCUGGCCCUUGCCCCGGGCCUGCCUCCGCCUCGCCCGCUUCCCCUUCGCCCGCCGAUGUGGCCUACGAGGAGGGCCUGGCGCGCCUCAAGAUCCGCGCGCUAGAGAAGCUGGAGGUGGACCGGAGGCUGGAGCGGCUGAGCGAGGAGGUGGAGCAGAAGAUUGCGGGCCAGGUGGGCCGGCUGCAGGCCGAGCUGGAGCGCAAGGCGGCCGAGCUGGAGACGGCGCGGCAGGAGAGCGCGCGGCUCGGGCGCGAGAAGGAGGAGCUGGAGGAGCGCGCGUCGGAGCUCUCGCGCCAGGUGGACGUGAGUGUGGAGCUGCUGGCCUCGCUCAAGCAGGACCUGGUGCACAAGGAACAGGAGCUGAGCCGCAAGCAGCAGGAGGUGGUGCAGAUUGACCAGUUCCUGAAGGAGACGGCAGCACGGGAGGCCAGCGCCAAGCUGCGGCUGCAGCAGUUCAUUGAGGAGCUCCUGGAGCGGGCUGACCGCGCUGAACGGCAGCUGCAGGUCAUCAGCAGCAGCUGCGGCAGCACACCCAGUGCCAGCCUGGGUCGUGGAGCUGUGGGCGGGGGCGUGGGGCCCGGGGCCCGGAACCCAGGCAGAAUGCGAGAACACCACGUGGGCCCGGCCGUGCCUAGCACAUAUGCAGUGUCACGGCAUGGCUCCUCUCCCAGCACAGGGGCCUCCAGCCGCAUGCCAGCUGCAUCCCAGAGCUCAGGCUGCUAUGACAGUGACAGUCUGGAGCUGCCCCGUCCAGAGGAGGGGGCUCCUGAGGACAGUGGCCCUGGGGGCUUGGGCACACGGGCCCAGGCUGCCAACGGUGGCUCGGAGCGGUCCCAGCCCCCUCGCAGCUCAGGGCUGCGGCGCCAGGCCAUCCAGAACUGGCAGCGCAGACCCCGACGACACAGCACUGAGGGGGAGGAGGGUGAUGUCUCGGACGUGGGCUCCCGAACCACCGAGUCAGAGGCUGAGGGCCCCUCGGAUGCCCCCCGCUCUGGGCCUGCUAUGGCUGGGCCAUCGAGCAGCUGCCGGCUCUCAGCCCGCCCUGAGGGAGGCAGUGGGCGGGGUCGGCGAGCCGAGAGGGGCAGCCCCUCGCGCUCUAACGAGGUCAUCAGCCCAGAGAUCCUCAAGAUGCGAGCCGCCCUGUUCUGCAUCUUUACCUACCUGGACACGCGCACACUGCUGCAUGCCGCCGAAGUCUGCCGGGACUGGCGCUUCGUGGCCCGCCACCCUGCCGUCUGGACCAGGGUGCUGCUCGAGAACGCCCGUGUCUGUUCCAAGUUCCUGGCCAUGCUGGCUCAGUGGUGCACCCAAGCCCACUCGCUGACGCUGCAGAACCUGAAGCCCCGGCAGCGGGGAAAGAAGGAGAGCAAGGAGGAGUAUGCCCGGAGUACCCGGGGCUGCCUGGAAGCAGGGCUGGAGUCUCUGUUGAAGGCAGCUGGUGGGAACCUGCUGAUCCUGCGCAUCUCCCACUGCCCCAACAUCCUCACUGACCGCUCGCUCUGGCUGGCCAGCUGCUACUGCCGCGCCCUGCAGGCUGUCACCUACAGGAGUGCCACAGACCCUGUGGGUCACGAGGUCAUUUGGGCCCUGGGCGCAGGCUGCAGAGAGAUUGUCUCCCUCCAGGUGGCGCCACUUCACCCCUGCCAACAGCCUACACGCUUCAGUAACCGCUGCCUGCAGAUGAUUGGUCGCUGCUGGCCUCACCUCCGGGCCCUGGGGGUUGGGGGUGCCGGCUGUGGGGUGCAGGGCCUGGCAUCACUUGCGAGAAACUGCAUGCGGCUGCAGGUCCUGGAGCUGGACCACGUGUCAGAGAUCACCCAGGAGGUGGCGGCUGAGGUCUGCCGGGAAGGCUUGAAGGGACUGGAGAUGCUGGUGCUCACGGCCACCCCUGUCACCCCUAAGGCCCUGCUGCAUUUCAAUAGCAUUUGCCGGAACCUCAAGUCCAUUGUGGUCCAGAUUGGGAUUGCCGAUUAUUUCAAAGAGCCCAGCAGCCCUGAGGCCCAGAAGCUGUUUGAGGACAUGGUGACGAAACUCCAGGCCCUGCGACGUAGGCCCGGCUUCUCUAAGAUCCUGCACAUCAAGGUGGAAGGUGGCUGCUAACCCGGGUUGGGGGCGGCAGGGCCCCUGCCAGCCCCACACCAGGGCACUCUCUUUGGACCUCUGGAGCGACCCUGGUUUGGACUAGACCUUUGGAGGCCUAGUGUUAUCCCUGGCUUCCAGGGAGGGGUUGACAGUCUCCUGUCCUUCUCCUGGAACAGCAGAGCAACAGACCUGACCCAGGGCACUGCCUCCCCAGGGCAUGGGCUUGGACGGAAGCUGCCCUCCGACCCCCACCCCACCCCCACUUCUGGCACAGCCAGUGAGGAGCUGUUACCACCAGCACCUGGUGUCAUCGCCCGGAGGAUCUGCAAUAACCACCCAGUGGCUCCUCAGCCGCUCAGGCAGGCCUCUCCUUCCUGAGGCCCAGCCUCCCAGUCAGGGGCCUCUGCCAGGCUCCAGGCCAGAGGGGGCUCCACAAGGCAGCUCAGACUUGGCAAGGAGGGCUCUUCUUCUCCCCCUACCCUGUUCCAGCCCUCUGUGGGGCACUGCUUCAGACAGCCUGCCUAGGACUUGGGUCCACCUUCUCCAGGGACAACACAGGCAGCUGAAAGCUGGGGGGCCGGUGGUACAGUGGGAGUGUGGGGGUGAGCUUGGAAGGAAAAUCAGACAUGUAGAAUUUCUUCCAGGAUGAGCCCACCCCUCCCAAGUUGGGGAAUCACCAGGUGGAGAAAACUUAUUUAUACUGUAAGAAAAGACAAGACCACUCCUCUCAACUGCCACAUACCCCACCAUGCAGAGCUAAAUUCUGAGCUAAAAGGUGCAUGUUUCUAAUACCUACAAUUUAUUCCUGAGGGACCCUCUGGAAGGUCAAGGUCCCAGCCCUGGGAAAUCCUGUCAGCAGUGAGAACUAGUUCCCAUCCUUAAGGAAUCUCCUCCACAUCCAGGUGCUUGGGCAGGAAACUGAUGGCCUUUGGGUCCCUAAGGCUGUCUGAGGGAGGCACUGGGCUGCCUUCUGUGCUGGGGCAUGGAGGAGGUUGGGAGGAGGGUGACUUGCUUUGUUUCCUUGUCUGGUCAGCUUGCUUGAAGAUGUGGCCUUGGCACAUGUGACCCGUGGGGCCACAGAGGAGGAAGAGCAUUCUUAACAGACUCACUCCCCUUUCCUCAGUCUCCACUGGCCCCAUGGGCUGAGGGUUGCAUUGAGGGUCCUCACUGGAAUAUCCACUGUCCCCAAAGAACCAGGUCCCAGUAUCGAAGUUCCAAAGACUGAAGACUCCCUACUUCCUCCUCUCAGAACUCCCCCAGUGGCUCAGGGGCCGUGGGUCCUGCCAGCCUUCAUUUGCAAAGUUCUUUCAGACAUCUAACCUAGAUCUUAGGGUUUCCUUCUCUCCUGUACAGGAUCAGCUCCCAGCCCUAGCUAUUAGGUCUCUGGUUCUGGCUGGGGCUGGGGGUCCCAUUGUUUCCCAGUCCUCUCCAGGGACCCCGACUUCUGCCACAGCCUAGCUUGAACAUGAAAACUCAGCCCUGGGUUACCUUGUAAUGAGACCUCCAGAGCUGGGACCCACAGGCUCAGCAACGUACCCAGCUCUCCCUGGUUCUACUACCUAGCUCUGUCCCAGCUCUUUUCAUCAUUGCUCUCUGACUUUCCUCUUGUGGCUUCUUCUGUCCCUGCCCUUUGAAGACCUGAAAUACCAAGGGUGUCAUGUUGGCAACUCUAUCCAGUCCUGCAUGAAGCCUUGGCUGUGUGAGGCACACCCCCAUUCCCAGCCCAGAGCAACUGUUCAUCGGCUCCCACCUCCCCAGCCCUGUUCCCAGGAGUCACAGGAUGGAGAAGCAAAACUUUCCUCUGCCAGCUGCCUGGAAGGGAGGUGCAGAUCUGCACAGGGCCUGGCUGCCCUGGGUGUGUCUGUCCCACCGUGCCAAUCACACCCCUACUGUAGCUUCUGCUCCCCGUGACCCCAGGACCAGAGGUGCUGCCCUCCUGUCUCCUGGACAAAGCACAAAGGGAUGCCCUGCUUGUCCUGAGCCUGCCCAACUAAGGGACUUCCUCUGCCCCAGGGAGCCUCCAUCCCUAAAUACAAGCUCUGGGCAAUUUAUCCCUGGGUGGUACCCAUGGAAUGCCUGGCAUUGGCCCUGAAAAAGGAAGUUGGGGUGCACAGUGAGCUAGGGUGGGAGAAAGGUGGUGCUGAAAGGACUGAUGCUAGUCGUAGACUCAUUCAUUCAUUCACUCAGUCAUGCAGUAGUACUGAGCACCACCAUCACUAAGGGCAGAACAAGACCUUCUCCUGCCUGGUGGUAAGUCCACCUUCCACAGGUUUGGCUGUCUCCAGGGAACCCACUAAGUCCUCCACCCUUGUAUUUUCUGGCUCUGUGUGAAAGAUGUGUGGGAGUACAUAUUGCUCAGGCCCAAGCCCUUGCCAACAGGAAGGACAGGUCACGGCGUAUCCCAUUGCACAUGCACCCCUGAGGCUGACAGUUGUGCACCCUGGCCUUCAUGCAUGCCGUGAGAGCUGGCAGCAUGUACCCCUGCCUCCCACUGCCAACUUGAUGCUGUUUUGUUCUCUCCUCGGGAGGAGCCCAGCUGCUGCAUGGGGAGCUUUUGCUUGCUGGGAUGUUCCAUUUAUUCACUUCCUUAGCAACUGUAUAGCUAGGGCUGGAGCAGGGACGGAGGGCCUGGCCAUUCCUAGAAGCACUUCAUCCCAUCUUCACCCACCCAAAGGGGAGCCCUCCUCCAAAUCUCAUAUCUAAUAAGAAGCAAAAAAAAAGGAGUAUCUGGGAGGGCAAGCGGAGACAGGCCCUUCUCCAAGGGGCUCCAGGUAUGUGGAGAUCCCAUGGGUGGUGGCCACUACAUGGGCCUACCUCCCUGCCCCCUGCCAUACAGCCCAGCCCCAACACCCGGGAGGUUCGGCAUAUUUGGCUUGAGUACUUCAUGCUUUAUUAAGGUUGCUUCCCCACAGGACUGGCAGGAAGUAAAGAUGCACGUAUAAGGGUACUACAGAAAGUUUGUGGGCAAACGGAAUUAAAAGAUAGUAUGAAUCUUUCUGUGAACUUUUUGAAGACCCCUUGUACGUGCAUCCCUAAAGGAAAAAGAAUGGAUUGCCCAGAACCAAGGCUGUUCACUGGCCAGAAGAGACCACCUGAGGUCAAAGUAGCUCAUGUUUUCUUAGAGCUGUGGAGUCUGAGCCAACCCCUCAGGAAUUGCUUCAAAAGGAAAAAAAAAA